AUGUAUCCUCCAGAGUCUCUGUUCCAGUCUAGUCCAAUUCUCCCAAAGGUCGAUUAUGCUGAAGCUUUUACUCGCGUCUACCGUGAUAGCCCCCAAAGCUCUUCUCCACCUAGUAGCCUUUGUCCCUCAUCAUCACCCCCAGCAUCCGUCACUUCGCUUGGACAUGCUGAUUCCAGCUACCACCCUUAUGUCCGGAAAACUCCCCCCACUCCGCAGGCCGAGCGUAAGAUGGCAAACGUGAUGGGAAGAUUAAGAUUGACUGGCGGUAUGGAUUCAGACCUUGACGAUGAUAUGGGCUUGCAGCGGCUGUCUUCUGAAGGAAUGCGCCGUGCUGCUUAUUACAAGGAGGCAGAACUUGAAUAUCACCGGCAUCUUUCAAUGGCUUUGGCUUGGGAGGCAAAGAAGCUCUCGAGGCUCAGAGAUUUCAUUGAUUGUGAGCAACAGGAGCAGGAGGGACAAACCAUUCGGGCAUUUGAGGAGGCAGAGCUCUUUACACGCAUGGUGGCUGAUCGCGAUGCAGGGCGUGCUUCCCAGGAUCUCGAGUUCAUCACUUCAAUCCAACAAGAAGAGGCAGCAAGGGUCAAACAGUUGAAUAGUGAACUUGAUGAGCUGGACAUAUUCCUUUCCCCAGACACACAGGCGACUUCAGACCUCGAGCAACAGCGCCAAUGUGAAUCAGAGUAG